AUGAAUCAGAGUUUCAGAUCACCUUAAAGAAAAUUGGACGGUAUUAACUAAUAAUAAUUUAAAAGGGCCAAUAGUUAAAUUAAGAAUGAAAAAAAUACUUGAUAUUAGCAAAAUACGAAAAGAGGAAGAAUAAUUUUAAUGCAUGUUAGAUUCAUAUGAAAUAGAUUAAAGGUAUCAUGAAAGCUAAUUAAAGUGUUUCCUUUUAGGACAGAACCUUUUAUAACAGAACUUUCAGAUCUACUUCAAGAAGCAUUAAAAAAAUAGACGAUAAAAAAAUCUCUGAAGAAUAUACUUUGUAUGGCUUUUCUCGAAUUAAAACUGAUAGAACACCUUUAUUAUUGAUGAGUAGAAAAUAAAAACGAAUUCAACCUACAAAUGAUGAGGAUAAGGAUGUUAGCAAUUAAGAAUGGUUUGAAAAAUGCAAGAGAAUGAACCCACCUUAAGCCAAAGCUUAAUUUUAUGAUAAAGUUACUAAGUAAAAUAUACUUUAAAAUAAGUUCAUACAUAUGGUAUGAUGUUACAGUCUUGGACUAUGUCUAAGAGACAAAAAAAUUCUCGGUUUAAAAAUACCCAGAUGGAUAAACAAAAAAUGUUACCAGAUUGUCUAUUUAGUUUUAUAAUUAAAAUUAAGAACUUUUUUAAUAAGCUCAAAAAGAAAAGUAAUUAAAAAUAUCAAUAUAGAAUCCAAUUUCGAUCAUUAAAAAAAAUUGAACUGAAAAAAAUUCAAGAUAUAAUAAAUGUUAAUGAUGUGGAAGUUAAUAAACUCCCAGAUCCUUUGAGGUUUAGAUUCAUUAGAAGAUUUUAUUAAAAUGAUCGUUAUGGAUUACUAUCAAAGCUUUUAGAAGAAGUUAAUUAAAUUUAUACUUUCGAUAUGAAAAAAUGUGUAUUUUACAAGGAUUUGUAGAAAUACAAAUAAGUUUAUUGCCCUUUGCCAAAGUUUUAAUUUUACUAGAAGAAUUAAUAAUAAAUUGAAAAUAACUAAUCAUUUAUGUAAUAAAUAACAGUAUAAGUCUGGUAAGUAAUGAAUUCUAGGUGUUUAAAGUUCAAUUUUUAAAUUAUUGAUUUAAAUGAGCUAUAAUUACCAGUUCUCAAUACUGUUUUCUUGGAUUAUUGUUAGAAAAAUAUCAAAAAUUAUAUCUAUUAAAUUAAUUUGCAACGAAAGUACAAAAAAUCAGAAAUUUAAGAUGUCUUAUAAAAAAAGUAUAAUUUCUUAGGCAAAGAUUAAAAUGCUCAUCAGUAAAGUCCUUUGCAUAGAAUUUUACGAAGACUUGAUUUAGUUUAUGCAGAUUUUUUAAAACAUCAAUUACUAAUCAACACAGAAGCUAUUCUCAAUAUUUAUAAGAAAUUUAUACUAAAACCUAAUGAUUAUUAUUAUGUCAAUACAUCUACCUUUUUGGUGUUGGAGCUACACGUUAAGAUAUUAAAAUAAACAAAGCCAAAAAAGUAAGUAGUGAAAAAGAUGGAAAGAUUAACUAAACAAUCAUUUAGAGAGAAAGAAUAGGAAAUACAAAAGGAGGAGAUUGAGUAUGAUGAAGAAAUUACUAUAAACUUAUCUGAAUCUGAAGUUAUUGAACUUUUGACAUUCCCUUAAUAAUAAUUAAUAGAAUAAGUCAGUAAAGUCAAUAAAAUGGAAGGUGAUAUUAUGACAUUACUAUUGCUAAAAAAUGAAUUAAUUUUAACACUAGAGGAUAUAGAAUAUUAGAAAUAAUAGAUAGAACCAACUACAGAGUUUAUAAAGUUGGAGUAUAGUAAAUGUGAACAAGAGCUCAUCAAAUUUAAAAAAUUUGAAUUUAUUUUGAAGAAAUUCAGAAGCACUGAGGUAAAUGAGCUCUUAGGGAUACAUACCAAAAGAGUUCCACUUUCUUAAUUAAAUUUUGAUGAUAUAGAUGAAAAGAUUAAAAGUUUAGAAUAGGCUAAAAAGGAAAUAAUCAACAUUUCUUUUGAUUCACUAAAACUGGGUUUAUUCACUUUGAAAUUAAAAGGAAUCAAAGAAUUUCUCAUUAACAAAGCUGAAGAAUAAAAGAAAAUGAUAUUGAAUAGAAUUCACGAAGUUAUUUUAUUCAAUAUAAAAAACAUAGGAGAAUAAUAUGAAGAAGCCUACAAGAAAGGAUCACACAUACCUGACACAGAAUAAGAAUUAAUAGACUUGAAAUUGAUGCUCGAUGAAAUUAAUGUGUAGUUUGGGAAGUUGCGUUUCGAAAUUAGUUAAAUGUAAGACUUAAUAAUUUAAAUUUAGCAUGAAGUAUGUUAAUAUAUUUGAAGAUAAUUAUUUUGAAUAUGAUAACAAAAUAAUUGAAUCAUAUUACCAUCUCUUAUAUAAACCUAAGGAUAUUACUCAAAUAAUACAUUCAAAUAAGGAUAUAAUUUAAAUUAAAGAGAAGGACUUUUUAAAACGUUUAAAAUAAGAUGAAUAAGACUUCAAAGAAACCAUGUAUGAGAUAGCAGAACUAUUUAAUUAAAUUAAAUAAUUUAAUGAUUAUACUUAAAUUAAGACUUAUCUUCCUUAAGUUAAUUAAUUAACUAGAUCAUUCAAUUAUGCAAAAGACUAAAUCAGCAGUUUUAAUAUUCGCUAAUAAAUGCUAUCGAUGCAAUUAACUAAUUAGGCUGAAUUAGAUAACAUAAUAUUUUAGUUCAAGCCCUAUGAAAAGUUGUGGACUUUAGUGGUAUUCAUCUCCAGCAUAUGCAUUAGAGCAAAUUUGAGUCCCAAAAGGAAAAAUGGAUUAGCGGAUCUUUCAAGUCAUUGAACUAUUAGGAUAUGAUUUGGAAGAUAAAUUAGUUUGCAAGCGAGAUAGGAUCCAUGAGUGCCAAUUUUGAGGGGGAGAAUGAAAAUCUAAUAAAUUUAUUAAAAGGAUUUCGGAAAGCUUUGGAUUCUCUGAAGGACAUCUUAUGGGUAGUGGAGGCCUUGGCAAUUGAGGCAUUUACAAAAAAACCUUAAUUUUGGAGAGAAUUAUUUAGAGAGUGCAAGAUUAGUAAUUUUGAUCCAAAAGAUGAUUUUCCAUUUUAUGUUUUGUUAAACAGAGGAAUUUUGAAUUAUAAGGAAUAAGUGAUUUAAAUAUCAAUUAGAGCAGAGAAAGGAUGGAAUAUUGAGAAAAGAUUAUAAGAGAUGCAGGAAAAGUUAUGUUAAGUCCUAUUAGAAGUGAGUCCCUAUAGAGAAACUUAUAUUUUUAAAAACUUAGAUGAAGUAUAAGUAAUUUUGGAUGAAUAAUUCAGUGUAUUGACAAUUCUAAAAGCUUAACCUCAUAUUAAGUUAUCCGUCGGUUAAGCCAAUCAAUUGGAAUAUAAAAUAUUAUUAGUAUAAGAUACUUUAGAUUUUGGAAUGAAAUGCCAAAAAUAAUGGAUGUAUCUAGAUCCAAUCUUUUCAAGUGAAGAUAUUUAAACAAAACUAGUAGAUGAGACUAGGAGUUUUAAAUUAGUGGAUCAAGCAUUUAGAAAUUGCAUGAAGGAAUUUAAGAAGGAACCCAUUUUAUGGGAAUGUGUUGAUAGUGAUAAAAUGAAAGUUGAUUUUAGUAAUGGAGUUUUGUUGCUAGAUUAAAUCUAAAAGAGUUUAACAAUAUAUUUAGAGUAGAAGAGAAUUGUUUUUCCAAGAUUUUAUUUUGUUUCAGAUGAAGAACUAGUCCAGAUUCUAUCUUAGACCAAAGAUCCAACUCAAAUAUAGAAUCAUAUUUACAAAUGUUUUGAAGCUAUGCAUAAAUUAUAGUUCACUGCAAACAAUGCCAUUACUGGAUUUCAAUCUACUUAGGAGGAGAAGAUUUAAUUAUUCAAAGAUGUUAAAGUAAUGGAAGGCUCUAGAAAAGGAAAUGUUGAAUUAUGGUUGUUAGAUCUAUAGAGUGAGAUGAGAACAGCUAUCAAAAAUUAUUCUUAUUAAACUUUGAUUGAUUUGAUAUCAACCAAAUAGGAAUUUAUUGCAAAGUGGCCUGCUUAAUGCAUCUUAUUGGCAAAUCAUAUAAGAUGGACUCGAAAUACGGAAUCAGCUAUCAGAGGUUAACAGAAACUUAAUUUGGGAAUAUUUUGUGAAUAAUUAAAUAAAGAGUUGCAUGAAACUGUAUAAUUGGUGAGAAAAGAGAAUAGAAUUAUUCCUAAAACUAUUCUAGAAGCCAUGGUUGUCAUGGAAGUGCAUGCUAAAGAUAUAGUACAGUCCUUAUAUAAAUAAAAUGUCUAAACUAUUUUUGAAUUUGCAUGGAUUUCAUAAUUAAGAUAUUACAAUGAAGAUAAUAAGAAUGUUUCAGCCAGAAUGAUAAAUGUGUCUGUUUAAUAUGGAUUUGAGUAUUUAGGAAAGGUAACCAGAUUAGUAAUGACAUCAUUAACAGAUAGAUGUCAAAGGACACUAUUGGAAGCAUUACAUAUGAAUUAUGGGGGAGCCCCUGAAGGUCCAGCAGGUACAGGAAAAUCAGAGACAGUUAAAGAUUUGGCUAAAGCAGUUGGAAUGCCUUGUAUAGUGUUUAAUUGUUCAGAUGGUUUAAAUUAUAUUGCUAUGGGUAAAUUUUUUAAAGGUCUAGCUUCUUCUGGAUCAUGGUGUUGUUUUGAUGAAUUCAAUCGUAUUGAUGCUGAGGUUUUAUCUGUAGUUGCCUAAUAGAUAUACACAAUCUAAAAAGCUAUUAAAGAGGAAAGGACUAAUUUUAUUUUUGAAGGUGAACAUGUUCAAUUAAUUAAAACAUGUGCUAUAAAUGUCACUAUGAAUCCUGGAUAUGCAGGAAGAACUGAAUUACCAGAUAACUUAAAAAUUUUAUUUAGACCUUGUGCUAUGAUGGUACCUGAUUAUGCAAUGAUAGCUGAGAUAUAUUUAUAUAGUAUUGGUUUUUAGAAAGCAAGAGAAUUAAGCAGUAAAAUAGUGACAUGUCUAAAACUAUGCAAUGAAUAAUUAUCUAGUUAGGAGCAUUAUGAUUUCGGUAUGAGAACUUUGAAAGCCGUCUUAAAUUCUGCCAAAUCUAUGUUUAAUGAAAUUGAGGAGGAAAUAUGUUUAAAUGCUUUGAUCAAUGUUAAUAAACCUAAAUUCACUGAUAGUGAUCUUAUGUUGUUUAUGGCCAUAACAUAGGAUUUAUUCCCAGGAAUUUAACUAGCUGAAGGAGAAGAAUUAUCAAAUUUGUAUGAUGGAUGUUAAGAGUUGGACUUAUAAAUGGAUGCAGAAUUCAUUGAAAAAUGCAUUUAAUUAAACAAUAACAUCAAUGUCAGAAAUGGAGUUAUGUGUAUUGGGUAAGCCUGUGCUGGAAAGACUUCAGUUUUAUAAACACUCAGUAAGAGUUAAGAUGCUCUUAUUUUGAAAUUAAAUCCUAAAUCCAUAACAAGUGAUUAACUCUAUGGAAAACUAGACCCUGAAACAAAAUAGUGGUCAGAUGGAGUUGCACCUAUAUUAAUAAGAGAUAACAUUGAUAAACGUUAAAAGGUUUGGAUAAUGUUUGACGGCCCUGUAGAUUCUAUUUGGAUUGAAAAUUUGAACACUGUUUUGGAUGAUAAUAAAAAGUUAUGUUUAACUUCUGGUGAAAUUUUAAAAAUACCAGAUACAAUGUGUAUGCUUUUUGAAAUAGAAGACUUAAAGGCUGCUUCUCCAGCAACAGUAUCAAGAUGUGGAAUGGUAUAUUUUUUACCCGUAAAUUGGUAUCUAAUAGUUCAAUCUAUCUAAUUACCUAAAGGAUUUGAUAAAGAUUACACAAUUAGAAGAAUUAGAUUGUAAGAUAUGAUUAAUAUUUUUAUAGUUUUUUAGAUAACACAAUAGCUUGGGUUAAGUCUAAACAUCAUGUUUUUAUUCUUUAUGAUUCCAUUAAUAUAUUGACAUGCAGUUUCCUUAGGUUGUUAUCCAAGUACCUAACUGAAGAUUUAGUUUAAAAAAAUAAUGAUAAUAUCAUUAUAUUUUGUUUAAUUUGGUCCUUUGGAGCAGCUAUGGAUGAAUAAAUUAGACCAUAAUUUAAUUUGUUUUUGAAUAAUUUAAUAGAAACUAAGAUCUCGAAUUUAUAAACAUAAUUUCCAGAUGAUUCUUAGCUAGAAUUAUAAGUAGAGGUUUAAGAUGACUACUUUUCAUAUUGUUUUAAUCAAGGAAAAUGGGUUAAAUGGAGUGAAGUAUUUAUAUUUAUCCUAUAAAUAGACAUAAGCUCCUUAAAAAAUACAAGUCUCCAUGCAAUUUCAUGAGAUUUUUGCAUAAACAGCAGAGACUAUUAGAAAUGAUUACUUAUGUUAGUUAGGGUUGCAUUUUUUGUUUGCAGGUCCUACUGGUACUGGUAAGUCUUUAUCUAUGAAUAAAUAUCAAUAAUUCUUAAUAACUUGUUCUGGCUAGACUACUGCAAAUAUAUUAUAAAGAUUAAUAGAAACAAAAAUUAAUAAGAGAAGAAAGAAAGGUCAUUAUUACGCAGAGGAAGGAUAAAUCAGAAUUUUUGUAGAUGACUUAAAUAUGCCCUAUAGAGAACCUGAAGGAUCAGUUCCAGCAGUUGAACUUUUAAGGUAAUGGAUGGAAAUGAAUGGAUGGUAUGAUUUAGAAACUAAAGAAUUCAAAUACAUUUGCGAUAUAACAUUUUUAGGAGCAAUUCACCCUGUAGAAAGAAACUAGAUUACUUUAAGAUAUUUAAGAUUUUUUAAUCUUUUAUAUAUUGGUGGUUUUAACUAACAAAGUUUAACAAUUAUGCUGAAUGUCUUCGGUGAAUGGCUAAUAAUGAAUUAAGUAGAAGAAAUCAGAGAUUUAAAAAAUAAAUUGGUUGAGAAAACAAUCAAUCUUUAUUCAAAUGUUUAGAAAUUGUUAUUACCAACUCCUUAGAAAUCUCAUUAUAUAUAUAAUUUAAGAGAUAUAUUUAAAAUAUUUGAAGGAAUCAGUAAGGUUAAAGUCAUUGAAAACUCAAUUCAUUUAUUUAAAUUAUGGGCUCAUGAAUGCUUUAGAGUAUUUAGUGAUAGACUCAUUGAUGAGGAAGAUCAAAAUAAAUUCGAAUCACUCAUACAGGAUAGUCUAAAUAAAUUAGGAUUAGAAUAAAUCCAAAUCCAUAACCUAGUUUUUUCAUCAUGUUUAAAUAAACAAUAUGAAGAAGUGUAUGAUUUAUCCAAAUUCAGAGAAAAGCUAAACAUGAUUUUAGAUAAAUUUAAUUCGCUUGAUUCACAGAGUAGACUUCAAUUAAUCUUUUUUGACAUGGCCAUCAUUCACAUUAUAAGGAUUGUUCGUAUUUUAUCUAAUAUUUAUGGACAUGUUUUGAUGAUAGGGAUGGGUGGAACUGGGAGAUCUUCAUUAAGUAAAAUAGCGAAUUUCAUAGUAUUUAAUAAGUCCCUUAAAACGAUAGAUUCUAGAUCUUGGAAUGAUCAAUUAUUAAUCUAAUUAAAAGAAACAGGAUUAGAAAAUGAAUAGAACACAAUUCUAUUUAAUGAUUCUCAAUUUCAAUCAGAAUAUAUGCUAGAAGAUGUAUGUAAUUUGAUGAGUCAUGGCGAAGUAUCACAUUUAUUUCCUCCUGAGGAAAGGAUCAAAAUAUAGGAAACCACAACUUAUAGUUAAUUUGUUAAAAAUUGUAAAUUGAAUAUCCAUGUUGUUUUGUGUAUGUAACCGGUAGGACCUCUAUAUAGAAAAAGAUUACGAACAUUUCCAACCAUCAUCAAUUGUACAACAAUAGAUUGGUUUUCAACUUGGCCUUAAGAUGCCCUUGAAUCAACUGCAGAGCAAUUCUUACCUAAAUAACUUGUUAAGAUGGCUGUGGAAGUACACUAUAAGAUUCUUUAAAUUACUGAAAGGUUUAAGCAAGAACUAAGAAGGUAUUUCUAUGUGACUCCAACUCAAUAUUUGCAAAUGCUUUAAACUUUUUAAAUUAUUCAGGAAUAGAAGAUGGGAUAAUCUUAAGUAUUUAUUGAGAAAUUUGAGAAUGGAGUUGAACAAAUCAAAAAAGCUGAAAAUGAUGUAGACAGAAUCAAAGCUAAAUUAUUUGAAUUGUAACCCAAAUUGCAAAAGGCAAAUGAAGAUAAUAAUCAAUUGCUAAUUAAGAUUCAAAAGCGAUAAGAAGAAGCAGAUAGGAAGAAGUAAGCAUGUGAAUAUGAAGAGAAAUUGUGUCUAAAAUAAAGUGAAGAGGCUAACGAAUUGAGAAAUAGUUGUUAAUAAGCAUUAGAUAAUGUGCUUCCACUAUUAACUUAAGCUACUGAAGCAUUAGAAAGAAUUACUAAGGAUGAUAUGAUAUUAUUGAAAUCAUUCACAAAUCCUCCAGUCUCUGCAGCUAUUGUUAUGGAGGGUCUAGCAUAUGCAUUUGAAGAGGAUCAUCUAGUGAAAAGCAAAAACAAAGAACCUCCUGUUCUAUAAGAUUAUUGGGAUUAUGCCAAGAAAUGCUUGUUAAAUGAUAAGCUGAUUAAGAGAAUUAAAAGCUUAAAGUUAGAGUAGAUUAGAUAAAUAUCUUUAAAGAAUAUCUAAAAGUUGUAGAUUUUCGCUAAAAAUCCCUUAUUUGAAAAGGAUAGAGUAUUUAAUGCUUCAAAGGCUGCAGGGAAUCUAGCACUUUGGAUAAGAGCAGUUCUGGAAUCCUAUAUGGCAGUUGAAAUAAUUGAGCCUAAGAAGGCAGAGUUAAAACAAGCUGAAGAAAAAUUGCAAUAGGCUGAAGAACUUGUUUAAGAGAAGAAAAAUGCUUUGGAGGUUGUAUUAGAAGAGUUACAUAAUUACUAACUAGAAUAUAAUAGAGCAAAGGCAGAAAAAGAAAGAAUAGAAGAGUAAGUUGUUACGAUCAGUUCUUAAUUGUAAAGAGCAGAACAAUUAAUUGCAAAUUUAAGUGAAGAAAAGUCAAGAUGGUAAUUAAAAGCAUAACAGUAUAAAGAUAGCUAAAAGAAUAUUAUUGGUGAUUGCAUGCUCAAUUCAGCCAUUAUUGCUUAUUUAGGAGUAUUCCCUAUACAAUAUAGAGAGAUUUGCUUAGACUAUUGGAAAUCUAGAUUGCACGAAUACGAUGUCUAAAUCUCAACCCAUUAUUCAUUACAAAAUCAGUUAAGUGAUCCUGUGCAAAUAAACAGAUGGCUUCAAUAGAAAUUACCUAAUGAUUAAUUUAGUAUAGAUAACGCCAUCAUAAUGAAGCAAUCAACAAGAUGGCCACUAAUGAUUGAUCCAUAACUCUAAGCAAAUGAGUGGAUCAAAAAUAUGGAAAAUCAAAAAAGCUUAAUCAUAUUUAAUGCGAUGUGGCCAAUCAAUUAGAUAUAAUUAUAACUACAACAUGCUAUUUAAAUUGGUUACGCUGUUUUAUUAGAGAAUGCAGCAUAAACAUUGGAUCCUUUGUAUGAAUAAAUAUUACAAUUCAACUAAUAAAGAGGAUAAAGGAAUUUAUAUAUCAAAUUUGGUGACAAGAUGAUAGAAUACUCUAGUGAUUUUAGAUUUUAUAUCACUACUAAACUAUCGAAUCCUCAUUAUCAGCCUUAAGUUUGUGUAGUUGUGACCAUGCUCAAUUUUUAGGUUACUUAAGAAGGAUUGAUAGAUCAAAUGUUGAAUAUCGUUGUUAAAAUUGAUGAACCUUUGAAAGACGAAUAGAGGAAUAAAAACAUUUCGUAAUAUGUGAUAAAUAAGAAUAAAUAAAUACAGACUGAAAAUCUAAUUCUAAAAUUACUAUCUGAAGCCUCAGGGGAUCUACUAGAAAAUGAAGUUCUAAUCAAGACUUUAUAAUAGUCUAAAGAUGAUGCUUUUGAAAUUGAAUAGAGAUUAUAGAAAUUGGAACAUGAUCAAUUACUUUUCAAUUAAAUUAAGUCAUUUUAUAAUCAAGUAGGUGAACUAGUUUCAAAUAUAUACUUUAUUGUAAAUGACUUAUCAAUAAUCGAACCAACCUAUCUGUGGUCAUUGGAAUUUUACAUCUAAUAAUAUUAGAGAUCAAUUAAGGAGGCCUAAUUUGGGAAAUAGAAGAGAGUGUAAAAUAUCAUUGAGAGAUUUCUUCAUCACAUUUACACAACAAUAAAUCGAUCAUUAUUGGAUAAGGAUAAAUUCAUAUUUAGAUUCUUGUUUUGUUUAAAAGUACUAAAUAUACCAAUAGAAUAAAUUAGAACUUGUGUUAUUGGUCCCUCUAUAACAUAAACUGAUUUAAAAAUGCCCAAACAAUAUGAUUGGUUGACACCAAAGAUGUGGUUAGGCUUGGUUGAUUUGAUGGAGAAGUAUCCUAAGGAUUUCGGAUGGCUGGGUUAAGAUAUGGAAGAAAAUCAUCAAUUUUGGGAUGGGUACUUUUAUAGUUAAUAAUCGUAUAAAAUACAGAUACCUUAGAUUGUAAAUUAAUUCAAUUCUUUGAUGUUGAUAAAGAUUAUAAAACCUGAACAAUUUAUUAAUAGUUUCAAUGAAUUGGUAAGAACUUUAAUGGGUAAGCAAUUCUUAGAGAAUAUCCCAUUUACAUUUGAAUAGUUCUAUUAAGAGUCCACUCCCACUACGCCCUUAUUAUGUUUAAUCUAACCAGGGAGUGAUGCAAGAUAAGAAAUAAUAUCGUUGGCAGACAAAUUAGGAUACUAAGAUCAUAUCUAUACAGUUUCUUUAGGGUAAGGUCAAAUAUAAUUGGCGUUGAAAUUGAUAAAGAAUGGUUUGCAUUAAGGUAAAUGGGUUUUAUUAUAAAAUUGCCAUGUUGCCUAAUCCUUUAUGCCAGAGUUAGAGUAGUUAUUUGAAAAUCAAUUUAAAGGUCCGAAUAUCAAUAAGGAAUUUCGAUUAUGGUUAACAAGUCAACCUACAAAUUUAUUUCCACAUAAUGUUUUAUUAAAAAGUAUCAAUUUAUUAAAUAAUUAAUAGCAUUGAAAUUGACAUAUGAAUUGCCAAGAGGUUUAAAGAACAAUAUGUUAAGAUCAUAUUUCUCGUAAGACUAAGAGAAGUUUGAAUAAUGUAAGAAGUAAGAUGAGUGGAAGAAUUUAUUCUUUUCUUUGACUUUAUUUCAUGCAUGCAUUUUAGAAAGAAGAAAAUAUGGUCCUUUGGGAUGGAAUGUGAGUUAUAAUUUCUCAUAACAUGAUCUCGAAAUAUCAAAAGAAUAAAUUCUCUACAUCCUGAAUCAUUAACAUGAAAUCUAAUGGGAUGCAUUACAAUAUUUAGUUGCUGAAUCAAAUUAUGGUGGUCGAGUAACAGAUCCUUAGGAUAGAAAAUUGUUGAAUAUUCUAGUACAUGAAUUCUUAAAUGAAAACACAGCUAAAGUAGGGUAUGUGUUUAGUGAAUAUGUAAAAAUACCAGAAUCCAAUAAUAUACAUGGAUAUAUUAACUACAUUCAAACCUUGCCAAUUGAAGACCCUCCAUAACUUUUUGGUUUGCAUUCAAAUGCAGAAAUAUAUUCCUCAAUCUUAUAAGUCGAUCACAUCAGUUAAGAAAUCUUGUAGGUUUUACCAAGAGCUAUUGGAGCACAACAAAAUACUGAUUAUAUUUCCAAACAAAAAUGCAAAGAAAUCAUUGAUUUAUUGCCAUAACAAUUCAAUCUUGUAGAAUUGGAAUAAAAGUAUCCCAUCUUAUCAAAGAAUUCUUUGAAUACUGUACUACAAUAAGAUGUUGGCAGAUAUAACAAACUAUUGCGUACAAUAAAUUCAUCUUUGUCUAAUCUUAUUAAAUAGAUAGAUGGAUAUAUUAAUAUGUCUGAUGAUUCCUAAGACAUACUGGGAAAUAUUAUGGAUAACAAAGUCCCUAAUGAAUGGUUGAAACACUCAUAUUAGACAACGAAACCUUUAGCAACAUAUAUCAAAGAUUUGUUAGAUAGAGUAUCCUUUAUUCAAAGAUGGAUCAUCCAAGGAGAACCAAUACUAUAUUGGUUAGGUGGUCUAUUUUUUAUACAAAGCUUUUUAACUGGAAUUCUUCAAAAUUAUGCUAGAAAACAUUAGAUACCAAUUGAUGAAGUUAAAUUUGACUAUGAAUUCCAUUAGAAUAGACCAACAUAGAAACCUGAUGAUGGAUUUUAUGUUGAAGGCAUUUACAUUGAUGGUGCUAAAUUUGAUUUUAAGACUAAUUCAAUAGAAGAACCUGAAAAUCUAAUACUUUACUACAACUCUCCUAUAAUACACUUUAAACCUACUUUAGAAUAAUAGAUAUUACAGAAUUAUGCAUGUCCAUUAUACAACACUGUUUAGAGAAGAGGAAAUGUGACUAGCACUGGAGGAUCAGCGAAUUUCAUUUGUAAUAUUAGAGUACCAAUCCGAUAAUCUGAUAGCCAUUGGACAAAAAGAGGAGUAGCCAUGAUUUUAUAAUUAAAUUGA